CAUAGCACCGAAAGUUGUGAUUUAUUUUCCAAUAAAGAGUUUGUCAUGGGAAAACCCUCAAGACAAACUCUAUAUUUCUUAUAUACACUCUAGGAGAACCCUACAGCCACAGCCUCCCUACUUCUCAACAGAAAACACAUAUAAAUAGCCACGGAAUUUUGAUUUCAGAAUACUGACAGAACCCUUUUUCAAGCUAGAAUGCCUGGAAAUACUUUUAGGCAAACACUAGUUUGUUAGAGCCAAGUUUGUAAGAGUUCCGUUUAAAAUUCUCAGUUAUUUUGUUUUAAUUAAAUUAUGCUCUAUCCGCCAUCACCAUGAUACCCAAACAUUCUUUACGUCCCAUAUACGAGGAUAUUAAGCAGCUAUCCGAUCCGCAGCUGUCCAUAAUGUGCCAGAGCCACAACAUCGACAUUGGGCCGAUCACUCGUCAAAAUCGGCGCCUGGCCGAGUGGAACUUGCACGUGGCUCUGAUCGGGGAGAGGGCCAAGAUUCGGGCUAAGGAGCAGUACGCCAGGGAGCUACAGAUUCGUUUGAGUUACGACAAUCCCAGGUCUAAGCCGCCGCCCCAGCAACAUUAUACGAACUUCAGUGUGCCAGAGGUCCAGUCGCCUCCGCCGCAGACGUACUGGCCAACUCCGGGGUCCUUCAACGAAAGGACUUCGCCUCGGUCUAACCGGCAUAUCGAUCCCAGUCGGUACAGACCCUGCGAUAGUUCGGAUCGCGGUCCCAACAUCCUGGGCUUCCAGAUGCCCUUCUCCCUAAACACGGCACGGCAGUACAGUGUGAAGAUUGGCGAGACACUGCGGCGGUUCCAGGGUGGCGGUGAAGAAACCACUAGUUCGGGUAAGAAUACAAUAACAUCCAAUGAGGCUGCUCAUGGGGAGACAAGCCAAAGUCAGGAUAAUCAGAAUAUGCUAGAUAUGUAUCAAGAUUCCUACCAGAAUCAUAAUAGAUACCUAGACUCUGAAGAUGAAGCCUCCAUAGGGGAUCCUCUGGAGGACUCGGACUACCAAAGCAGCCAUGAGUCGGAGCGGGACACGCUGUCAGAGCGCUCCUUCUGUAAUCUUCGGCUAGACAAGAAACUUCACUCUACCGUUGGAGAGGAUCUGCGUCCGGUGGAGAACUUUGUCCGUCCCGCGACCCAUUCGAAUGCUCCACCUCGCGUCGAGUUCGCGAGCAUGGAGAGUCCAUCCAUUUACCACGAUUUUCCCAUUCUGGUUCCCAUGGAGCCCAUUUCACGACCCGCCGAAAGGAUAUCUUGGGCGUCACCCUUCCGUUGGUUUUGGCGUUGGCAGGGGUGGCAGACCGUGGCAGGCCCCAGCCAGGGUAUCCAGUUCCAGCCGAUCCCGGCGGCGGAGCGGACCCGCGAGAGAGAGGCGGAGCACGAGCUGGAGCUAAACACCAUCAAUUACCUAGAGGAAGGUUUGCCGCCGGGUGUGCGGGAUGAAAUUGUGGAGCUGAUGAGCAAGGUGCCCCUGCGCGAAGCCAGCGAGGAUGAAGACGAGCGGCUGGAGGGCGAAGAAGUUCUGGUCACUCAACGCUCCCCCAUCGGUUUCAUCCGGCACCUUAUUCACCUGAUGCUCUGCGAUCAUCGGGGCACACUGGAUGGGGAAAAAGUGCGAUGCAGCUUCUUGUGCUGCUGCCUGGCCGUCUGUAUCUACAUGGGUUUCAGGCUGGUUCGAUAGAGCUUGAAGUAUAAUACUUGAUACUGAUACUCACUCACUCAACUGCUCACACUACUUCUUUAAAAGCGUCUAAUGCCUUAUUUUGUACAUACAUCCAAACACAAAUGUUAAUAUAUUUU